GCUCCACAUUCAGUAAGAUCACACGGACCAAUAACUUCUUCGUCUGAUUCAAGUGUCUGUAUACUAAUACUUUUGCUAUAGUUUUUUUACGGGCGCGUUUUGAAAAAUCUUUUGGUUUCUCUUUGAGUGCAGUAAUAGCGGAAGAAUUGUCUGCGCGGUGGAUAAUUCUAAAGAGAAAACGGAUUGUUGCUGCAUACUUUUUAAACGCUGGUUUCGUGGCAAUGUUUUUAUUUUUUGAGAGGCCAGUAAAUGAAAAUACUCGGAGAAGUUUUGUGUCGAAGCAAUGCCCCAUCAAAUAGUCGGUGACUUUUUUGCAUUGAUUUACACUUCAAUAUUGUUGUCAGUUCUCAAUAUUACAUGAGCAACGACAGACUUAUAAUCGCAUCGAUUUGCACCUGAAAAUAUGGAUGAAUUGGGGAACCUUCGCAACGCAGUUCAAGAGCUUCAGGAGUCCGUUAAAAAAUUGCAAAUUGACGAUUCAGCUGCGAAUGAUGUUGAAGAAGAUGCGGAUGAUAUAUUCCCUAUUCGAAGUCUUGAGCAAUUGAAUUUUUUCGAGAAAAAAUUGAAAGAAGACAAAGUAGCCCGAAAAAAAUUGAUUCGAUCAUUGGUGAUAUUCGGAGGAUCGACAGGCAAAUCCAAUGCCAAAAAAGUCACCGAUUUUUUGAUGGGGCAUUGCUUCGACACAAAACUUCUCCGAGUAUUUUCAUUUACUGGCCUCUCAAAAAAUAAAAACAUUGCCCCGAAACCAGCGUUUAAAAAGUAUGCAGCAACAAUCCGUUUUCUCUUUAGAAUUAUCCACCGCGCAGACAAUUCCUUCACCAUUAUUGGAUUUGAAGAUUACCUGAAAGGUUUUUUCAAACACGUUUGUGAAGGACUCAAGCGAAGACAUACACUCGAAUCGGAUGAGGAAUUCAAUGGCAACGAGGACGCACCAAAAAACAGCAAACGAAUGCGAACCGAAUCAGACGGAAAUUUCUGUCAUAGUUAGAUUUUGCAGCAUUGUCAACAGAUUCAAAAUGAUAACAAUAAAAUCUGACAAAUAAAGAAAAAAAAAUGUUGCGUGUA